AUCCAUACAUAUGAGACCAUAUUGAACAGUGUUGGCAUUGUUCCUGAACGAAAACAAAUAGGGGCUUCUUCAGUUGUCUGUGUGUAACACCGCUAGGGUUUCGCAAGAGCGAUCACAAACGAAGAUGGCAAUGGCUGCUGUUCUGCGUCGCGAAGGGAGGCGUUUGACCCAACCAAUCAACGCUCUCCAUUCCUCUCUCAUCUCUCAAGACCAAGCUCCUCAUGGUUCGCGCUCCGUUUCCACCCAAGUAGUGAGGAACCGAAUGAAGAGUGUGAAGAAUAUCCAGAAAAUCACCAAGGCCAUGAAGAUGGUUGCCGCAUCCAAGCUUCGAGCCGUUCAAACAAGAGCUGAAAAUUCCCGUGGCCUCUGGCAACCAUUCACUGCCCUUCUCGGUGACAAUCCAAGUGCUGAUGUUAAGAAGAAUGUUGUUGUUACCGUUUCCUCGGACAAAGGUCUUUGUGGUGGAAUCAAUUCCACAUCUGUCAAGAUAAGCAGGGUUUUGCACAAAUUGAAUUCCGGGCCUGAUAAAGAGACAAAAUAUGUCAUACUGGGAGAGAAGGCUAAGGCUCAAUUGUUACGUGACUCAAAGAAAAAUAUCGAGCUCUCCCUUACUGAAUUGCAGAAGAAUCCUCUGAAUUAUACUCAGGUGUCUGUCUUGGCAGAUGACAUUCUAAAGAAUGUGGAGUAUGAUGCAUUAAGGAUUGUUUUCAACAAAUUUCAUUCUGUUGUUUCAUUUUUGCCAACAGUGUCAACUAUACUAUCUCCUGAGGUUAUCGAGAGAGAGGCUGAAUCAGGAGGAAAGCUUGGGGAACUAGAUUCAUAUGAGAUUGAAGGUGGCGAGACAAAAUCUGAAAUUCUUCAGAAUCUGGCUGAGUUCCAGUUUUCUUGUGUCAUGUACAAUGCGGUGUUGGAGAAUGCUUGCAGUGAGCAAGGAGCAAGAAUGUCAGCCAUGGACAGCUCUAGUAGGAACGCUGGGGACAUGCUUGAUCGUCUCACCCUCACUUAUAACAGAACUCGUCAAGCAUCUAUCACCACAGAAUUGACAGAGAUUAUCUCUGGAGCUUCAGCACUGGAAGGUUAAUUUGUGGGGAGCAAUCUGUAAUAUACUCAACAGUGGCGAUAUCAAGUUAAUAUCGUUGGUGCCACAUUUUUUUAGUCUCUCACUCCUUCGACUUCUGUAAUAAGUUUUCCAUGGCGGGAUCCAUUUUCAGGAUUCCCUGGUUGAGACUAUAUUUCUGGAAUUGUGUUUUUUAUGUUAAGAUAGAGUCUGUCUUUUUUUAACUCGAAAUGCAUUAUCAUAAGAUUUUUUCCCAUUCUAAUAAUGUCGUUUCUCAUA